AAUUCGUUGAAGUGAAAUGUGUUCGAACGGAAGAAAAGCACAAAUUGCCAUUGGACUUUCAGUCUGGGGCUUGUCCCUGCUUUCGAUUCCUUUUUGUACUCCCUAUAAAAGGGGUCUACUGGAAAUUGUGCUUUCUGCUCAACUGACUGCAACUGUAGCCCUGAUCUAUGGGGUACUGCGGGCACAUGCGCAGCAUAAGGCUAAGUUCCUGCUCUUCUGGCUGGGCAUUACGACUGCAUUUUUUACCGCAUUGGUCUAUGCGAGCCUUGUCUCCUUCUUGGAUCAUGGCUGGAGAUAUUUCUUCUAUUACAUUAAAGACUUUCUACCUCUGUUGCCUGCCGAUGUCGUUGCCUUCAUGAUGAAUAUCAUAUAUAAGGACUACGUAGAGCUGACAUUGGGCGCAGAAACAGAGCUCAAACAGCCGCCGCCAUAUGAUGGCAGCGCCGAGAAAAUGAACAUCUCAAUAAAAGCCUAAUCAAUAAGAUGUUGCUAGCUUCAAGUAUAUCAACUCGAAAUAAAGUGC